AUGAUUAUUUACAAGGAUAUCUUCUCUGGUGACGAAUUGUUGUCUGACGCUUACGAUAUCAACGAAGUUGAUGGUGUCAUCUACGAAGCCGACUGUGCUAUGGUCAAGGUCGGUGGUGACAACAUUGACAUUGGUGCCAACCCAUCUACUGAAGAUGGUGAAGACGAUGUCGAGGACGGUACUGAAGUUGUCAACAACGUUGUCCACUCCUUCCGUUUGCAACCAACCGGUUUCGACAAGAAGUCCUUCUUGACCUACAUCAAGGGUUACAUGAAGGCUGUCAAGGCUAAGUUGCAAGAGAAGAACCCAGACGCCAUCCCAACUUUCGAGAAGGGUGCCCAAGUCUACGUCAAGAAGGUCAUCGGCUCUUUCAAGGACUGGGAGUUCUUCACUGGUGAAUCCAUGGACCCAGACGCCAUGGUCGUCAUGUUGAACUACCGUGAAGAUGGUACCACCCCAUUCGUUGCCAUCUGGAAGCACGGUAUCGACGAAGAAAAGAUCUAA